CCAGUUAUCCAUUCACAGAAUAAACAAUUUAUGCACCAAUCUGUUCAAUUUAACAAUUGACAAGUUAUUACUAAUUUUUUUCAAGUUACCAUAUCGAGCUUGCUCUAUAAAACUUCUUGUCGUAGGUCUACUUAUAGGUUGAUGGUGUAAAACACUUUAAAGUUUCAGUGCACAGAGAUUGAACUCAAAUAUAGAAAAAAGGAGACUAGAUGUUACGACCUGUUAAGAGUUGUAAUUACUGUCAAUAGCUUUCCCCUUUGUGUGUGUGUGUGUAUAUAUAUAUAUAUAUUGUCAUAUAUAAACAAAUUUGCAUACCAUGUUUGCAUAUAUAAUAUUUACAAAACUUUGUAAGGUUCUGUUGUACUUGCUACACUAAGGAAACUCCAACAGCACCAUUUUUGAGUCUCACAACAAAUCCACCUUUUUUCCCAUUACAUUCACAUCUCUAUAUAAACUACCAAUCUUGUUCUCAUUUGCAUACUCAAUCAAGAACAAAACAUCUCAAUCCAAACCCAAGAAGCAAAAGAAAGGAAAAAAGAGAAGCAAAAUCUCCAAAAUGUUCAUCAAAUUUGCAAUCCUAUUGGUACUUGUAUCCGUCAACUUUGCACCCUUUGUAGCUGCAAUUGAUCAUGUAACACCACAAGAACCAAUUCUUGAAUUGUACAUGCACGAUAUUCUUGGAGGAAAUAAUCCAACAGCUCGGCCAAUAACUGGUUUACUAGGCAACAUUUAUAGCGGACAAAUUCCAUUUGCCGUACCACUUGGUUUUCAACCUCCAGAAGAUGGUAUUGCAAUUCCUAAUGCUAAUGGUGCAAUACCAACAUUCAAUAUCAAUGGUGUUCCACUAGGGACAGGGCUAGCAGGUACAACAUUUGCAGGUGGAAAUAACAACAAUAAUAAUGGACAGACUGUGAAUACACAAUUAGGCCCUGAUGGCUUAGGGCUCAGUUUCGGAACAAUCACAGUCAUCGAUGACUACCUGACUUCGUCCCCUGCAUUAGGUACACAAAAUCUUGGAAAAGCACAAGGAGUAUAUGUUGCAAGUUCAGCAGAUGGAAGUACUCAAAUGAUGGCAUUUACAGCUAUGUUUGAAGGAGGGGAAUAUGGUGACAGUCUUAACUUUUUUGGAGUUUUUAAAAUUGGAAGCACAAUGUCAAGGAUUUCAGUUACUGGAGGAACUGGUAAAUUUAAAAAUGCAUGCGGAUUUGCUGAAAUUCGUUCACUAAUACCAGCUGGUCAACGUGUUACUGAUGGUGCAGAGACAUUGUUAAGGAUCACUGUUCAUCUUACUUACUGA